AGAUGUAUCAAUCAGAUUAAUUAGUCUCGUUGGGGGAAGCGAUUCGUUGUAGGCAGACCAUCAACAAAAUUUCAGCACGAUAAGAAUAUCACGUGACUUAUCGAUAUCGAACCUGCGUCGCCCGCAGAACAACUUUUUUGUCUCAGUCUCGGCCAGGAGGAGACCAUCAACAUCACUUGUCAGUAACGUUCUGCUUGUUAUACAUUCAUCAUGCCUCAGAACGAGUAUAUCGAGCGCUGGCAAAAGCAGCACGGUAAGCGGCUCGACCACGACGAGCGCGUCCGCAAGCGCCAGGCCCGUGAAUCGCACAAACAGUCGCAGGAUGCCCAGAACCUGCGCGGCCUGCGGGCCAAGCUGUACCAGCAGAAGCGCCAUGCCGAGAAGAUCCAGAUGCGCAAGCGCAUCAAGGCACAGGAGGAGAAGAAUGUCAAGUCCUCUGCCCCCGACGAGCCGUCCAAGACCCCUCUGCCCCAGUACCUGCUCGACCGUUCGCAGGCGACCAACGCCAAGGCCUUGUCCAGUGCUAUCAAGGAUAAGCGAGCUGAGAAGGCGGCCAAGUUUGCGGUGCCCCUGCCCAAGGUGAAGGGUAUCAGCGAGGAGGAGAUGUUCAAGGUUGUCAACACCGGCAAGAAGACGCACCAGAAGUCGUGGAAGCGGAUGAUCACCAAGCCCACGUUCGUCGGUAGCGACUUCACCCGACGACCGGUCAAGUACGAGCGUUUCAUCCGGCCGAUGGGUCUGCGUUACAAGAAGGCCAACGUCACGCACCCGGAGCUCGGCGUCACCGUGCAACUGCCCAUUCUGGGCGUCAAGAAGAACCCGCAGAACCCUCUCUACACCCAACUGGGUGUCCUAACCAAGGGAACCGUCAUCGAAGUCAAUGUGUCCGAAUUGGGUCUCGUCACGACAAGCGGAAAGGUCGUAUGGGGUAAAUAUGCACAGAUCACCAAUACUCCCGAGAACGACGGCACAGUCAAUGCGUAUGUGACCUUUCACCAAUCCAUCUCCCAAGACAGAGCUAUACUAAUUUUCAUGUGCAGAGUCCUCCUGGUCUAAUCUUGUCCUUAAGCGGCCCUCCGCACCUUGAUACCAGUUCCGUUGCAGAAGUCUGCAUUCUCGUUGGCAUUUUCUUCAGUUCAGCAGUCUAUAUUCCUG